AUGUCACUAACUGCACAGGAAAUUAAUAAUAUCGAAUUAAAGGUCGAAUACAAUGAACAAGAUACGGCAUCAACCAAGUAUCUGGACACUUUGUCCAAGAUCAGUACGCUAACAAGUUCCAUUCUUCAUGGGACUCUUACAGAUGACACGGAAUUGAAUAAUGUAGAAGAUCUUGAAUUGGAAAUGGAAUUAAGGUAUAUGGAACUAGCUAAUUCUGUUGAAGUUAGAAAGAUUAAUUUUGAAAAUUUUGAAACAAGUAAUAGUAAAAAUUUCGAACAAAUGGCAGAGAAACAAUUACCUGCUUUGAAAAAAUUCAAUCAAUUGACGUUGGAUAGAUUGUUGAAAGUACAAAGAUUGUACGAAGCUGUAGCAAUGAUUAAUUUAGAAAUCGAGGAUCUUUCUGCUGGGAGAACAAAAUUGAUAUUGAAAAAAUCAGAUUGGAUUGAUGAAUUAGGUGAAGAGUUGACUGAAACACUGAUCAAGAGGAAAUAUCUGACCUUUGAAAAGGGUUAUGAAGCAAGAGAAGAUGACCCACUUUUACGUGCAUAUGAUGAUUUUUCAAAAGGACCAAAAGAAUUGAGACGUACUAAUGAAUCGUUGAAAGAAGAAAUUAGUAGGCUAACGGAGGAAGUAAAGGUAUACAAGAACAAAUGGCUACAAAAUGCAGAGAUCUUUACGAGAGUUACGUCGGUGCUAAAAGAUGAAUUAAAGAAAAGAUUAGAUCAUGAUUCUUUGGAAACAAAGGAACAGCAAGAAGAGUUUGAUGAUUAUGAAGAUGAAGAAGAAACAGCAAGGUAUAAAAGACAGAGGGAAAUCGAGAAUUCUGACCAAGAAGAACGUGACGAUGAAAAUGAACAAGAGGAUUUACAAGAUAUUGAAAACGAAAAUAUACCCAUGUCUGAUAACGAAGGAGUCGAUGAGGAACCUAUUAUCGAUGCAAUAAUUCAAGAUGACGAAGCAACAGAAAUGCGUAAUUCCUUACAUGAAAGUGAAUCUGAAAAAAAUUCUGACCAGGAGAAAGGUGACGAAAAUGUAAUUAGUGGGGAUGAAAAUAAUGACGAUCAUUCGUUGGAACUUAUAGGUGAAAAUGAUGAAGUGAAGGAUGAUCCUAUGGAUGAUGAAGAUAAUACUAAUAGCCGUGUUGAAGAAAAAGGAACAGAGGAACAUGAGGAUGAAUGA